AUGGCACAAAGGAAAUCACUUGCACAAAACACAGAUCUUUUCCCUCGGGAAAUAGAUAUUGAGAUAUGUUUGAAAACGUUGAAAAUAUAUCAAAAGUUAGAGGGAGACGUUAAUUGUGUUGUUUGGGACGCAGCAUUAGUACUUGCGAAGUACCUUGAAACUAUGUGCCAGAACAAACCAGAAUUUCUUAGCGGGAUAAGAGUUCUUGAAUUAGGUUCUGGAGUAGGUGUUGUCGGUCUCACUGCUGCUACAUUAGGUGCACAAGUAACAUUAACGGAUUUACCGGAGGCCCUACCUUUGAUUCGUCUAAACAUUAAUGAAAACAAAGCAAAGAUAGGUAGUAUGGGUGGUUAUGCUAUAGCAGAGUCUCUCAUAUGGGGAGAAAGCAGCUCUCUUUUGGAUGAUGAAUUUGAUGUUGUCGUUUUGGCAGACUGUGUUUACUAUGAAGAGGCUGUUGACUCACUUAUUCAAACUCUAAAAAGUUUAACAAACACAUCAUCUAAGAAACCUGUUAUGUAUUUAACACAAGAGAUGAGAGAUUCUGAUACACAGAGAGAACUAUGGAGUUCAUUUUAUGGAAAGUUAACAGACAACUUUAACGUGGAUAAAAUUCCUGAGGAAGAACAACACAUUAAUUACAGAAGUGCUGAUAUAUUAUUGUUAAGGAUAAGUAAAAAAUGA